GAGUAUCAUCGCCUGCGAUCAUUCCAAUUUAUCAGUGGCGUUAAAAUAAUACCAAAGUACAUAACAAACGCGAAUGAAAAAAUCUGAGUGGUGACUGAUCGUAUCAAAGCAAAUAAAGAAUAAGGCAAAUAAAAGCCGACUACCGAUCUUAAAGGCGAAAAUCACAAUUUAAUAAAAGCUUGUGAUACAUUUAUUUAAAUAUUACAAAAAUUCAGACGUCUGAAAAAAAUAAAAUAAUUAUAAACGUUGCAUUAUUUAUUAAUAAAUAAAUGAAUCGUAAAAUUUAAAUUAUGCGUAUGUAUGUUUAACGUAUACGUUUAAGGCAUGAGUGCGUUUUAGGAGAAAGUUACUUAGGAAAAAACUAAUACAACGCGGAACUUGUGUUACAGGUAAAUAUUGGGUUUAUUGCUUAUGGCGCGUCUACAUGAAAGAAGAAACAUUCAGAAAACACGCUAACAUUAUAACGUGAUUAACAAGCGGAAUAUUAAAUUAGAUUAGAUUUACAAAAAAAGAUACACGAUUCUACUAAAAAUUCUUUAUAUAGUUAACGUAACGUAUUUUACUUAAAAAAUAUCCACAAACUCAUUAUAAUAUUCGAAGCAAUAAAUUUUACAUAAACUGAACGUUCUAUAAUAAAAAAAUUUUUUUCAGAAGAAUGUAUGGUAUGCAUGUUGAUAUUUUAGGUAUCAACAACAAGUUGAUAUUUCUUUAAAAAUGUACACUGCUAAUAUUUUAGAAACUUUAAUCUAAUAAUAAGUGCAACGUACAUAAAUAAAAUAUAUUCCAAAUUUUAAUUUUAUAAUUAAUUACUGUAUUUCUGUGUAAGUUCUGUAUUUAAUUUUCUGAGAGAAAAGAGAAAGUAUAUUCCUAGGAUAUACGCAUCUGCAUAUAACAAAUGUUAUUCAACCGGAAUAAGAAAUUAUAAAAAGAAUUCUUGCCAAAGCUAAUAAAAAAUCAUGUACAAUAAAAACGCGAUAACAUCACCACAAUCUACCAGUUUGUAGUUACAUAAUUAACAAGGCGUUAUAAAGUAUGUAUUAUGCAUCAAUGUGCGUGUAUCAUACGAGUAAUCUAUUUCUAGUAUUCGACACGACGUUUAUAAUUAGCUGGAACAUGAAAUCGGAAAGAAAUAACGAAUCACGGCGCAUGCGGGAGACUUAAAUGGAGAGGGUGUAGUAAAGGGCGCAAAUAUCGCAAAACUUUAGCAGACACAGUGCUCGUUGCAAGAGUGUCGAAUCAACAUCGCGUUUCUCUGGCCAAGUGUCCCACAUUGCUUUGGUGCUCUCGUGCGUCGCGAGUAACGAUAGUUCGGUGUGUCUAUGUGAAAAAUAAAAUGCGAAAAUGCGACGAUAAUUUGCAUAUUCGAUUAUUUGUCAUUUGUUGUUAAUUUAUUGUAACAGCGAGCAUAAUAAAACUAAGGAUGACUAGCUAAAAGCAAUUGUUGACACGUAUCGUAGAGCAAGUUAGUGCGUUAAUUUUGAACUAAGAGCUCGCGCAUCAUUUAUGGUGAAUUCAAGAAGAUGCCAAUCGUGGCCUUGAUAUUCGUGUAUCAAUGCUAUUGCUUGUGACGUGCCCGACACUGGUCGCAGGAGGAAGUAGUGUAAGUGCGAAAGCGGAAAGUAUUCUUAAUCUCCGAUGGAAAGUGGCAUUUAUGUUAAGUCGAAAGAACGUCUCGCUUCGCUUGCCGAACGAGUUAUCGGAACGGAAGUGCUGUGCCAUUUCAGGUAGCGUGAAUUCGCUUGCUAUUGCAUUCCGGUGAAAGAAAAGACGCUUGCGUACGCGCUCGACUGUGUGACAGCUGUGAGUUGGAAUUGUGUUAUCACCCAAAUAUAUUGUGUUAUCGAGAGAGAGAGAGAGAGAGAGAGAGAGAGAGAGAGAGAGAGAGAGAGAGGGGGGAAAAGAGAGAGAACGAGGGACUACGUCAAUAAAACGGAGUUAUGUUACUUCGUACACAGUGAUUGAGUUUACGUUUGUCGAUGUUCGAUUAUAGUUGGCGAAACGUCUUCGCGUAACCGGUAUCUUUUCCCAAUGUAUCGCGUUUAGCGUUUACCAACUUCGACAGCUUCGACAGUCUACGCGGUGUGUCUUUUGACUGCGUCGAGUUACAUCAAGAAACUUCGGAUGCUGCCAGCUACUCCAUAUUGUCAUCGAUCUCUCUAUCCGGAUUAACCGAGUAUAGACGAGGCGCGUCUCCAAUCGCUUCGAUUUCGCGAAAUCGACUUCGUCUCGGCUAAAUAAUUGACCGAGUUUGCGCGCAUUUAACUCUUUCGUUACUGCGGGGAGACGCAAUAUGUUUCGGAGAGUCCAAAAUCUACCGUUGCUGUCGCAUCAGUCAAGAAUCGAGGAGGAAACGCGAUAUUUCUUCCGGGGCGAGGCAGGAUACGUCGACGUGAGUGACGUCCUUACGUGUAUCCUUCGGUGGACAAGACGUGUAACUUUUGUACGCGGCAUAUCCGACUGUUGAGGAGUUCCACGACCGGAAGAGGCCCGCGACGUUCGGAGAGACAUUCCGGAAAUCACGCGUGGCGCGAGGUUUUUCGCGAGAAAAAAAGACAAUUGUCUCGGCGAGACUGCAAGAAAACUCUCGCGAGCGCAGAACUUUCCGCGGAAACGUGGCGUCUGACUGUGCAUCGUGGAUCGCGAAGCGGAAACUGUGUGGUUGACGUAAUACACAUACACAUAUAUACACACAGAUAGACAGACAGGUGGAACAAUACGAGCAUCGCGUUUGUGAUCGAUCAGUGAAAUAGGUCCGCCUUCGUUACAACUCGGGGAUUCGGGGGGUGACUCGCGGCGGAGGAACAAGUCGCUCGGUCGGUUGACUUUUCCCUACCGGGGUGAACAACAAGUCAGAAGAAGACAGUCGUCGAGAUAAGACAGCAAAACUUCGGGUCGUCUUCGCGAAGGAAAGAAGGAACAGCGCGGUAAUUUGACGGAAUGGCGGACGACUCGCUUCGCCGGAAGACCAGAUCGGCAUCGAUUUGCGCUCCGGGAUUUUCCAGCAUGGAGCAAAUGUUGGAAGCGAUGCCACCCUCGGGAGCCCGCGAGAGGGAACGGGGCGAACGGGAGAGGGACAGCGGCAGCGGGACACCGGAUAGCAGCACACCCACGAGAAGACGAAGACCGGCUACGAGAUCCCAGAGCGCUCGUGUCUCCGGCGGAAAUAAAAGCAUCCGUCGCCGUGCCGCCGCCCAAGCUGCUGCCCAUCAUCAUCACCAUCAUCAUGAGGGCACCAUGAAGUCGGCCCACUGCAGCAGCGAACCCAGACUGACCGAGAAUGACGUCAGUCCGGGCAUCAGGAGAAGAGGGAGCCGCAGGGGGCAGAGUAUGCAUCAUGCGCAUCAGAGGAAGAGCAACGCCUUCCUGGACGUGCCCGACGCCUCGUCGCAGAUGCCGCCGCGAGAGGAUGGCGAGGACGAAGAUAGUUACAGGCUCCGUAGCUUCAGUCUCACCAGCAAAGGUGUCGUCAACAGAGGAGAUUCAUUCCGGAGAAGGAGAUCGAGAUCGAAUUCCUUAGCGCCGGCCGAGCAGGAGAACGAGGUGCGGCGAGCGCCGCCCAAGGAAGUCGUCUCGCACAACGUGGCCAUGCUGGGCUCCAGGGGAGUUGGAAAAACGGCUCUUAUCAGCCAGUUUAUGACCAGCGAGUGUAUAAACGCCUACGACAGACAAAGAGAUGUGCCGAGCGAGCAGUCGGUUUUUGUGAUGUUGAACGGAGAAGAGAGCGAGCUUAGAUUUUUAAAUAUCGCCAAUCCAAAGAGCGAAUUGGACAAGAUGCCGCUGCCGGACGCAUUCGUCGUGAUGUACUCGGUGAUCGACAAGGCGUCCUUUCAAAGGGCCGAGGAGUAUCUCGCCCGACUACACGAUCAAGAUGUUCUUCGUGGUAGACCGGCUAUUCUGGUCGGCAACAAGGUCGAUUUGGUUCGCUCCAGAGUGGUCUCGCCGCAAGACGGGAAAUGCCUGGCUUGCACGUACCGCGCCAAGUUCGUCGAGGUGUCGGUAGGCAUCAACCACAACGUCGACGACCUCCUGGUCGGCAUACUGAAUCAGAUCCGCUUGAAGGUGGUCCAGGGUCAGCUGGACAAUCGAAACAGCGGCAGUGGCAGCGAGGGCAGCGCUCACUGGUACAAAUCCAGGGGCGUGGUGCGCGCCAGCAUGAAGGCCAGGCAGAUGUUGACCUGGUUGUUCGGCAAGGAGGACAGCAAGUUCAAGAACUGCGAGAACCUCCACGUACUUUAAGUCGACGCGAUCGCCGGAAGUCGUCGGGCCGUCUCCGACCUCUGCUCUUCGGGACGUAAGUACGAUUCGAGGGGCCUUCUCUCCCCAAUCGGAGGAGGUUCCGUCGUAAAACGUCUCCGAAGGAAGAAAGAAAGAAAGAAAGAAAGAACGAAUGAAGAAAUUUCUGCGCGUCGAUCGAGCAAGAUUAGUCAGAGUCGCGAGAAUGGUAGCUCGUGUAAUAGCGCGAUGGAUGACGAGUCGACGAAUGGCUUGUCAAACUGAACGCCGAAUUCUCGUAAUUGAAGUCGCUUAAGGCUCAACGAGAAUACCUCGUUAUCCUGUCUGGAGGACGAGAGCGGUCCGAGGACCAAAACGGACCACAAGUAGCGGCGUCGGGCGAACGAAGUGCCAAUUAGUGAAAAAACGCUGGUUAACGAGGCGUGGGGAGGAGAUGCAGAGGGGAUAUCGAGAGCUCAAUUCCACGCGCCUGUCUGCUGAGGCUGGAAUAAUUACCCGGCGAGAAACGAUUAACCUUUACGGUCCCGAAGCGCCAUUUAUCGGCAACUUUCUUCCGGCGUGGCUUUACCCGCGCGCGAAAACUGUUCGAUUCUCGUCUCAUUUAAUAUUUCAAGUAGCAUCGUUAAAUUGUUCAUUAAAAUAUUUGCCGAUUUUGGAUGUCCGAUCCACUCGUGAUGUCCGUUGGAGACGUCGCUCGAGUGUACUUCGCGUGCGGAUUCUCUUUUCAGAGUUAUUCGGGACUGAAGGAGUUGAAUGAAUUUCAUCCGCAAACAGGUAAUCGGCGACGAAGUGUCGCGCGUUUUUCGCCGGUGUUCAUCCGAGAAAAUAUAAUCUCAUUCUCAGUGAAAUCCUCUCACACAUAUAGCUUCAAGAGAAUUCUUUUAAAACCAAGGGGAAAAUAUUUCGUUCACUAUAUUCUUAGAGGAUUUUUGUCUUUCAUAUUUAAAGUUUUUGUUCUCUUUUUUGAUAGAAAUUUCUCCUAAUAAGAGAACAUUCCGCUUCAAGUAAACAUAUUCAAAGAAAAUAUUCAAUUCAAUUCAACUCAAAUUCAACAAUUCAAUUCAAAUAUUAAUUUAAAAAAAAGUUAAAACAAUAUAUAAUAGAUUUCCGACUAAUAUUUCCACUUCAUCAGGAGAGGAAUACUUUUUUGGUAAAAGUUUUCGCUUAGAAUUUGAAAUUACGGAAAAUAAUUACAUUUUGCAAUUAGAGUCUUUCUUUUGGCUUUAAAAGCAUCGUCUUGAGGCUAUAUUUAACUUCCUCAGACCUAAUGUUCAGUCAAUUGGAUACUUUUCCAAAUCUAUAAUCUGUCUCUCUUUAUACUCGAAAUGUGUGAAAUCACAUGUCCAGCAUGUUGGACUAUUGAUUAAUACAUAGAAAUUUUUUCUUAGCAUUUUUGAAGUCUGAUUGCGCUGCUAAAUAUAAACAGAAUUAAGAAUUCUGAGAAAAAUAUUUUUGUAUCCUCUAGUGUAAUCCCUGAUGUAGAACUUAAUACUUAAAAAAAUUGGAGUUUUAUGCCUUUAGGACUCAGGAGAAUUCCUUCAAAGAUGAGAUUAUAUUUUCUUAGGUGCUCCAUAUAUAUAUAGAUAUAUAUAGACUACACGAGGAACGAGCACGGCGACACGACCGGCGUUCUACACGUCACUUCCGCACGGCGCCGUGGAAUCAUACGAUAUAUAUAUAUAUAUACGACGCUGAAUAAUGCAAUCAAAAAGUUCAAAUUGAUCAUGACGAUAUAGGGGGGAGGGGGGGGAAUUAAACUGGACCAUGGCAUGAACCUAGUCGCCAUUAAGAUGUAUGACCUUACUACUGUAUAAUAAGACCAAUUACUUAAUCUUUUUAUCUAGUAUGUACAUGUACAUAUAUAUACGCGAAAGAAAAAUGAAAAAAAAAGAAAAAGAAAAAAUUACGUGUAAGAGCGUAUUAUUACUCACGUGCAAUGCAUGAUCUAUACACACAUAUACACAUACAGACACACAACACAGAUAUACACACACCCGCACACAUCACGUAUACUCCUCUAAUCCCCGUUGACAAGUGUCGAUUCCACCACGUGGCGGCAUUAUGCUGUCGCAAACAAAAUACCGCCGCUAUUCCCGUUAAAUUGGCUCGUAAUCGCAAAAUGCCAUUAAUUUCUCGCGCUCCAAUCAACUUCCUGUAGUGCGUUAUCGCGUUACGGUCCGACAGUCUGCAAUAACGCCAAUGUUACUUGACAUUAAGUUUCUCCCGUUCGUAGAAAAAUCGUUACUCUGCCAUUUAACGUGUCUAUUUCGGUUAGGAGAAAUACUCCGCGUGCACUUCGCGAAGAGUAAACACGUGUUAUAUAUUCUUGCGCGCUAUUUAAAUAGUACUUUGGUUGUUAUCGAGACUUAGGCCCGUAUUAAUAGCCGUCACACUUGAAACUUCGUGUCGCACGUGAGACACUCGUACUCGACUUCAAAGUUUGGAUGCGGAUUUCUCAGUCGAAUCGAGAUUAUCAAUACGAGGCCGCGUGUGUCAUAUGACACAGCUGACGAACGCGGAUCGGAUUCUGAAGCUAUUAAUAGUCGUUACUUGGAAAUUCGUCCCAAAUGAAGUAGCCAGAUCUGAAUUUAGAGUCAGAUUGAUGAGUUUUUCAGAUGAAUCCCAGCAUGACAAACAUGAUAUCGCAUGUAUGACUCACAUAAAAAACUCAGAGACUUAACCCAGAAACUUUGGACUCUAAGCUCAAAUCUGAAUAUUUCACGUGUGAGACGAGUUUGUAAGUAAUUAUUAUUAUUUUAUUAUUAAUAAGUUUUUAAGGUUAUUAUAACAAAACCUACUUGGUCUAAAUCUGCUUAUUUUUUGGUAAAUGCUUUAAUAAUUUUCGUUCUCAUUUUUCUCUUUUUUGCAGUUCUUGUAACUUUAGAGAGAUUAUCUUGUUCUGUUAAUAAAGAAUUAUUAAAUAAUUGACACCUGAAUUCACUUCUGUAUAUCUCACGUGAGGCAAAUUUCAAGUAACGACUGUGAAUAAGGGUUUUAUAGGCUCACCUUAAUCCAGUUUUUUAUACAUGUAAAAAGUUUCACAAUAGAACUGCGAGUAUCGACUAAUUUGCUUUCCCUCUGGAAAUUAGAUUUUCCAAUUCGCGUGAAUUUCUUCGUCAUGCAGGAUUAUUUUGUACUUGUACUUCGCAGUCGCAUUUCUCACAUCAAUCAAGUGUCAUCAGUGAGUAACGCGCGAUUAAUUGAUUGCGGCAUUUUGUAUGCAACAUCCCGCCGCGGCGGAAAUGAAAUCCACCACGUUUUGCGUGUCUUCCUCGUUGCGAACGAACGAGCAUCGUAGUGUGACGUAUGUGUCUAAAACUAUAGUCUCGUACAAAGAUAUAUCCUUUUCGAGUCUUUAAGGAGAGUAUAUCUAUAGGAAGUUAUCUAUUUUUCGCGAUCUCUAUGCUUGUGUACAUCUCUCUCAGCGAAUUCUAUAUAACAGUUAGCGCGAGAUGAAAUUAGAGAAGCCGCGAAGAACUUAAUAAUCCGCGUGAACACCCACGUGAACGGGAACAAUGCGCGUCGAUGACGUGCGAUGACUCUGCAACCUUUCUUCCAUUUUUUCAUCCUUCAACGGCUAUAUAUGUGUACGAGGAAAAGAUUCAGACUUCAGAUUAACACGAGACCUCUCUCGUUCGACGUUCUGACAUUCAACAUUCUGAAAGGUGUCCUUACGAGUCGAAUAAGGAAGCCGAUAAAAAACAAGAAAGAAAAAAGGGAAACGAAAGAUUUGGGAGUUUCUUCCGGCAUUCUUCGUAAUCGUUGUCAUCGUCAUCGUCGUCGUUGGUAGGAACGACCGACGAUCAGAGUAUAAGGAUCUCUGAUAAGACAGCGCGACAAAUCUUCUCUUCAGUUCUCCACGAUUUUCUUUCGUAAGAAUGUCUCUCAACGAGAAACUCAAGAUUGUUACUAAGUGCCUUUGCGUAUUUUUGUAAUUUAAGCUAACUUGGUGUAGAAGUAUUUUUUGUGAGUAUCGCACUCUCUGUGUAAUAAUUUUUAUUAUUAUACAUAUAUUAUAUUACCGA